UCAAUGCGUUUGGAAAAUGUUUCUCGAAGUCUAUCUAUUUCCGAACUUCAAAAAACCCUUUUAACUCAGUAUUCCAGUGUUUGCAGUAUGAAGUUUCGAGACUGCUCAUCGAAUAAACCGCUUCAACUGUAUCAAACAUUGUCGGAAAUCACCCAUAAUGGAUUAUGCGUGGUCCAAGCAUUAUUACCACUAAACGGAGGUAAAGGUGGGUUUGGAAACAACCUCAGAUCUAAUAAGGGUAAUAAGCAAAAGAAAAAGCCCACUGAAGAUUCUAAAGCCUUCUCGAAGGAUUUGAAGACGGGGGUCAGGAUAAAGGAUUUGAAUAGACUACAGAAGGCUAGUGAGGUGCUUCAAAAACAGCAGGAACAUAGUCAAGAAGCCAAAGAAAAACUUGAUAAGAAACAAGCAAAAUUGAAAAAAGCUAUUGAAUAUUAUGAAGGUAUACUCAACGGGAAAAGUAAUGAGAAGUUUAAAGAUACAGAUUUUCUAGAUGAGGCUGAUAACGUUAUGCAAAACUUACGUGAUAAGAUGGAAGUGGUGUUCGAACUGCUGGGCAGUGAAGAAUGGGAAAGCGAUUGGGAAUCUGAUGA